AUGAUCAAAAACUGAUUAUCCACUGGAACUUUUAUAAUACGUCGGAUAUCGAAUUUUUUCUAUAAUUAUUUCGACCUAAUGGUCCGCUUUUUGACAAAACACAUUUUUCCAUAAUGAAGCAAUUCAAAAUGCGGUGCUUUCUGUUUGGAAUUUUGGUGGUUGUGACAGAGAGUGCGACGGAUAUGCCUGGAUACCCCCAGUUUGACGGAACAUUGAUGACUGAACGAGAAUGCAACAGUCGCCCAAGGAACAGUUGCUGGUUUAACGACAUCAGCUGCUUAUAUGGAAGUAUUUCGCAGAAGAUCACUAAAAACGUCAAAGAGACGGUGACGGAUUUAGAAUGUCAGGAUGGUGCCAGUGUCCAAGAGUUCUUGGAUGCAGCCAGCAGUAUAGCAACAAAUAGUCCUAACCGAGCAGUUGCGGUUCACCUAAACGGCAAAAUCACUAACCAGACAUUUGCGCAUAUGCUGGAUCCGAUCAAAAAUCAAGUGAUCGAAUUAACCUUUAGCGACUUUUACAACCGUCACAAAAAAGUCGCCACGUCCAAAAUCGGUGCUCUGCCGUUAGCGUAUUUGCUGCACUUGAAAUUUGAGUACGGUCGCGAUCUCGUCAUCCGAAAGCAGGACUUUGUGACCUUUACGUAUUUGCGCCGCCUGGAGUUUUAUCGGUCGUCCAUUGCGUCCAUCGAGCGCGACACCUUUACCGAUCUGGCCCAAUUGCGCUCCUUUCAGCUGGAGACCGGUUACGAAGGCCUUUUGGGAUACGAAGUAAUUAUUACUAAGGAAAGCGAGCUGUGUGACGAUCCAGCAUCGUCAGACAUUAACCCCCUGCACUGCAAUUGUGAAUAUGUCUGGUUGCGAAACUGGCUGAAGGCCAAUCCCCAUCUUCGCAAGGAAAGGGCCGAAGGAGAACUGUAUGUCGUUGGCAACCAUCCGAGCGCGGAGGCCAAAAAGCAGCCCUUUAUUCUCGCUGCUAUUGGCUGCUCAUAGUGUUUCUCCCCGGCGUUUGUGAUUUGGUUGUACUUGAGAAAUCAGCGUAAACUGCUGUUGGUCCUUACAGCCAUCAGUUUCUGCUUAACCGAUUAGUAAAUAGCCUAUCAGCUACCGGGUGUUAUUACCGGGUAUUUAUGUUUUUUAUGUAGCAACAACAGGUAUGUUGCCUCGUUUAGCCAACUACUGACCUUUUUCUUGUGACCAGCAUCAUAUGCGAUACGCACGCAAUUAUGUAACUAUACGGCAAGUAACAAGCGGGAAGUACGUAACUGAGACAAUCGACGUAU